AUGGGCUUACUGACUGCAAGUCGGCUUGCAGUAAAAGCUGCCAGAUGCUGCCUGGUCCCAGUUUCAACAUCAAAAUCAUGGCUUUCCACCAAAACCAGUCCCCUUGGGAACAAGAACCUUUAUUUCAUGGGUCCCCCUGGAGCAGGAAAGACAACAGUUGCAAAGAUAGUGGCUCAUAAACUGGGACUGCCCGUCAUCGAUGUUGAUGACGACGUCUUGGAGACGACGUGGAAGAUGCCAGUGGCUGCCAAACUUGCAUCAGUGGGUGGAGAGUCCUUCUUGGAGGAAGAAGGUCAGGCUUUGUGUAACUUCUCAGCGUCUGGGUGUGUUGUUUCUCUGACAGGUUCCAACCCUCUUCACGCUGAGGCCAUGCGGCACGUGACCCAGAGCGGGCUCGUCAUUUACCUGGAUGUGGACAGUGAGGACAUCAUUCAGAGGCUCAACAGGAUGAAGGUGAACAGGAUAGUAGGCCAAGAGGCAGGUGUUUCCAUGAGAGACAUUUUAUUGUACAGGAAACAGUUUUAUGAGAAAUGGCUCGACAUGCGGGUGUUUUGUGGAACAGGAGACACUGUGGAGGACGUGGUGGAGAAGGUGCUACUAACUCUGGAGAGGUAUCAAAAACACGAUGAGGAGACUUUGUCUACUAGGUGUGACCGAGCAAAGUUGUCCAAUCAGAAAACAUACUUCAGUGAUGUGGUUGUGGAGGGUUUGGCUACAGAUGGAGGUCUCUAUGUUCCUCAGAAUGGCUUUCCAAGAAUUGCCAAAAACGAGUGGCUUCGACUAGUUUCCAUGUCAUAUCCAGAGAGAGCGUUAAUUUUACUAGAAAAGUGCAUCCACCCAUUGGAUGUCUCUGCUUCGGAUCUCAGAACAAUGAUAUUUAAAGCGUAUGGCUCCAACUUUUCCAGUGAGAGAGUUGCACCGGUGGAACAUCUCAUCCACAACGUGUUUGUUCAGGAACUUUUUCAUGGCCCCACCGCCUCAUUCAAAGACCUUGCCUUACAGCUGAUGCCUCAGCUGUUUGCUCACUGCCUUCCUUCAAUGUGCAACUUCCUCGUCCUUGUUGCCACAUCAGGGGACACUGGCAGUGCUGUGCUCAGUGGCUUCAGUCAGCUGAGUGGCGCCGACAGAAACCGGACUGGAUUGUUGGUGUUUUUUCCAGAAGAAGGCGUGAGUGGGAUCCAGAAGCUUCACAUGACGAGCUACAGGGAAGGCAAUGCCAGGGCAGUCGGUGUCCUUUCAGACUUUGAUUUCUGUCAGAAGGCCAUAAAAAGGAUGUUUGGAGAGUCGGAGCUGACUGGGCAUUUUGCUGUUGAGUAUGGCACUGUCCUCAGCACCGCCAACUCCAUCAACUGGGCCCGGCUGUUGCCACAGGUUGUCUAUCAUUCUUCCGCCUAUCUGGAUCUGUGCAGAGACGGCAUCACUGAGUUUGGAGACCCCAUCGACGUUUGCAUCCCUACUGGUAACUUUGGCAAUGCCAUGUCGGCUUUGUACGCCAAGCAAAUGGGUGUCCCCAUAAGAAAAGUCAUCUGCGCAUCCAACCACAACCGGAUCAUAACCAACUUUAUUACCACGGGUGAGUACGAUCUGCGUGGACGGCCUCUGCUGCCUUCCCUCUCCCCAGCAAUAGAUAUCAUCAAGCCCUCAAACCUUGAGAGGUUUAUUUACCACCUCUCAGACGGAAGCAGCCGACUUGUCAACAACUUGUUCACAUGCUUAGACACACACAAGCACUUUCAGCUUCCUAAGCAUCUCCUUGGCAGGAUGCAACAGGAAGUGCAGGCUGGCUGGUGCUCUGAGGACAACUGCUUGGCCGCGAUCCACGACGUUCACACGCAGACGGGCUACCUCAUGGACACACACACCGCUGUGGCAAAAGUCGUAGCUGAUCAGCUGCAGGAUGGCUCAUGUCCCGUGGUGCUUUGCUCCACGGCUCACCAUGCCAAGUUUGCCCCUGCAGUGUUUAAAGCCUUAAAAACCCAAGAUGUUCCCCAGGAUCCCACGGAGCAGCUGGAGAAGCUGGAAAUGACUGCAUCCAGACCAGAAGGACACAAAGAGACACUGAGGUGCCUGAGGGAGAGAGGCAGGACCGGACACACAGUUUGUCCAUCAGAUUACAGACUGCUGGUGGACGAGGUGGAGCGCAUGAUGCAGGACUCGUUUUUGAAAAAUGCAUAG